UCUCAAAAGUUAUUUACAUUGCGCCAACUCUUCUGCAGAUUUUCACCUACAGAAAUCUGUAAAAUAAUAGAUAUUACCUGAUUUGGAGAUACCAUAUCCAUCUUCUACAUCUUCAAUCAUGGCUUCAAAUGGAUAUUUGAACAGUAUUGAUGCAGUACCGCCGCCUCCCAUAGAUAGUGAUGGAAGACCACCAUCUCCUCCACCUCCACCUCCAGAUUCAUUCGUCCCUCCACCACCCCGAGCUCAUUAGCUCCGCCCCCUUCCAGUGAUCUUCCACCACCGCCUCCAUCGGAACUACAGCCUCCUCCCCCGGAAUCCAAAAAGAAGAAAGGUUGGGGAGCUCCAAAGCCAGGUCCAUUGAGUAUUGAGGACAUUUUAAAGAAGAAGAAAGAGGCAGAUGAGGCUGCAGCCAAGGUAUGUAAUCUUUCCCUUUCACAUAAAAUUGGCAGCCAUGUUCACAAUGCAUGUCUAGAAUUUCCUCGCACCAGUACUAAUUACUUCAAAUUACAGCCUAAAUUUCUAUCAAAAGCUGCCCGGGAGAAGCUCGCUCUCGAAAAAAGAGCAAAAGAGGUCGAAGAACAGAAGCGCAAGAGCAAAUUAGAGCAAGAUAACCGGAUACCUGUUGGAAGUGUGAAUGGGAACGGAUAUGGGGCUGCUGCGAAUGGACGAGAUGGUUAUGAAAGAUCACAUCAGCAGGAUAAUGGACGUCGAGAUUCUUCCUUUGUGCCCACUGGACCGCGAGCUAUGCGGAAUGGCCAACAAAAUCGAUCGUCUGGUGACAAGUCGAAUGACAUAGAGCCACCACCUAAAUCAGCCAAACCAGCUACUACUGCUGCAGGUACGAGUAAAGCUUCGGUGGCUGGGGAGAAACGUCCUGCGAAUGCAGAAGAUUUACAAGCUGCUCUCAUAAGAACGCGAUACAUGGGUGCCGAAACGAAUCAAUCAACAUUUUCAGCCAAGAAGAAACGCAGAAGGACAACUGAGAAGAAAUUUAACUUCGAGUGGAAUGCUGAGGAGGAUACUAGUCCAGAUUAUAAUCCUAUUUAUCAAAAUCGUGCGGAAGCAGGUUUAUAUGGACGAGGUAGAUUGGCUGGUUUUGCAGAAGAUGAAGGAGCAACUUUGAAAUAUGCGAAAGCUCUAGAAGAACGAGAUAUGGAGGCCGGAAGUGCGCGUGCACGAGAAAUUGUGGAAAUGGAGAGGCGGAGGAAAGAAGAUGCCGGAAGGAACUCACUGGACAAACAUUGGAGUGAGAAGAAAUUGGAACAUAUGCGAGAACGAGAUUGGCGUAUUUUCAAAGAGGAUUUCAAUAUCAGUACAAAAGGAGGGGCAAUUCCCAAUCCUAUGCGAAGUUGGUCGGAGUCCAAGUUACCGAAACGUCUUUUGGAUGUUAUCAAUCAAGUUGGUUAUGACGAGCCAUCAGCAGUACAGAGAGCUGCUAUUCCUAUAGCACUACAAGCGAGAGACUUGAUUGGUGUUGCCGUUACUGGUUCAGGUAAAACUGCGGCUUUCUUACUGCCAUUACUGGUCUACAUUUCUGAAUUACCUCCACUGAACGAAUUCACGAAAAAUGAUGGGCCUUACGCUAUCAUUCUCGCACCUACCCGUGAAUUGGCACAACAAAUUGAGGUUGAAGCCAAGAAAUUUGCAACACCACUCGGAUUCACUUGUGUUAGUAUCGUUGGUGGACAUUCUCUGGAAGAACAAUCUUACAACCUUCGAAAUGGAGCUGAAAUCAUCAUUGCUACACCUGGUCGUCUAGUUGAUUGUAUUGAACGACGAGUUCUAGUCUUAGGUCAAUGUUGUUAUAUCAUCAUGGACGAAGCAGAUCGUAUGAUAGAUCUAGGUUUCGAAGAAUCCGUCAACAAAAUCUUAGAUGCUCUUCCAGUCAGUAAUGAAAAGCCAGACACAGAUGACGCAGAAGAUGCCCAAGCUAUGAGUAGACAUCUAGGAGGCAAGGAUCGUUAUCGUCAAACUAUGAUGUACACAGCCACCAUGCCUCCAGCCGUCGAAAAAAUCGCCAAAAAGUAUCUUCGUCGUCCUGCCAUAGUUACUAUUGGUAACAUUGGUGAAGCAGUCGAAACCGUUGAACAACGCGUUGAAUUUGUCGCCGGUGAAGAUAAACGUAAGAAGCGUCUUAAUGAAAUCCUCGCCUCGGGUGAAUUUCAACCUCCUAUCAUCGUCUUUGUCAAUAUCAAACGUAACUGCGAUGCCGUGGCUCGCGAUAUCAAACAUAUGGGUUUCACAUCCGUCACACUCCACGGAUCCAAAACUCAAGAACAGCGUGAAGCGGCUCUGGCUUCCGUUCGUUCGGGCACUACUAACGUCCUCGUCGCAACGGAUCUCGCCGGUCGUGGUAUCGAUGUUCCGGAUGUUUCCUUGGUGGUGAACUUUAACAUGGCCACUAAUAUCGAGAGUUACACGCAUCGUAUUGGUCGUACGGGAAGAGCGGGGAAGAGUGGUGUCGCGAUUACUUUCUUGGGUAAUGAGGAUGCUGAUACCAUGUAUGAUUUGAAGCAGAUGUUGAUGAAGAGUAGUAUUAGUAGGGUGCCGGAAGAGUUGAGGAAACAUGAGGCGGCGCAGCAGAAGAGUCAGAGGGGUCAGGGGUUGAAGAAGAUUGAGGAGGGGGGUUUUGGUGGGAAAGGUGGUGCUGGGGGUUGGUAGUUGUUGUUGUAGUCGUGGUUGUCCUUGGGAUUCGAGAUAGGAGGGGGAAUAAAAUCUCGAAAGAUAUAUUAAUGUAUAUAAAUAUAAAGUCAAGUCUCUCUUCGCUAGAUUUUCCACAAGGAUGUCAGAGGUAAGAGUGAUCGGUUUUAUUAUUUGGAUAUAGUUAU